GUUACCUAUUCCUUCUCAUGUUGUUUUUUCUUCAAGACCUUUCCUUUGUCCUAGUUGUGUUGGUCGCUUUGCUGAAACUGAUCGGCUUAGAGAAAUUAUUGAAAGUGGUUCUUUCAGUUCUCAUUGUAGAAGAUGUUGGUUUGACAAUGAGACUUUUAGAGUUAUAA